GUUUAUUAAGAGCACCUCUUUCAGAGGGUGCAAUUUUUUCCUUUCUAUAUCUACUGCUGGUAUACAUUUGAGAGAUGGCGUACAGAGGACAAGGACAGAAGGUCCAGAAGGUCAUGGUCCAGCCCAUCAAUCUGAUUUUCAGAUAUCUGCAGAAUCGCUCAAGGAUUCAGGUGUGGCUGUACGAACAGGUGAACAUGCGGAUAGAGGGCUGCAUCAUCGGAUUUGAUGAGUACAUGAACCUGGUUCUAGACGAUGCUGAGGAAGUCCACAUGAAGACAAAGAACAGGAAGCUUCUGGGGAGAGUCAUGUUGAAAGGAGACAACAUUACCCUGCUGCAGAGUGUGACUAGCUAGGACAACAGAGACCCAGCCAAUUCACCUUCCU